AAAAAAGAUAUCUUGAAUAAAAUGUAACAAUACAAAAAUGAUUGUGAAGAGUGUGGUACUUGUAGCAAUUUUUUUGAAUGCAAUAAUAUUUGAAGUUUGUGCAAACAAUGUUCAAGUGACCACAAAUGAAGGUACCAUCUUAGGAAAGACUUCAUUAUCAGAAAAACUAAACAAAACGAUGUACAUGUUCUUCGGUAUACCAUAUGCAGAACCACCUAACAGAUUUGAGCUGUCUGUUCCAAAAUCCAAUUGGACUGGCGUUUUAAACUGUACGUCUGAAAGGGACAUUUGUUUGCAGACCCUAUACAAUGUAAUACUAGGCCAAGUACUAAAUACUAUAGGGGGUUCAGAAGACUGCUUAUUUUUAAAUGUUAUUACUCCAAACCUAACUGGAAGACAUCCCGUUCUUGUAUGGGUUCACGGUGGCGCUUUCCUUAAUGGAAAUGGAUCACUAGUUGACUAUUCCCCCGAACUCUUGGUGGAGAAGGGCAUAGUGGUAGUAGGUAUUCAGUACAGAUUAGGUGCAUUUGGAUUUUUAAGUACUGGAGAUCUGACAUGCCCAGGAAAUUUAGGACUAAAAGACCAAACUCUUGCUCUACAGUGGGUCCAACGGAAUAUAGCACAUUUUGGAGGGGAUCCUACACGUGUUACAAUCUGGGGACAAAGUGCAGGUGCAGCUUCUGUUGCUCUACAUUUAACUUCUGUAAGAUCUAAAGGAUUAUUCAGUGGAGCUAUUAUGAGCAGUGGCACUUCUGUAAACUUAUUUUCAUUAUCGAGAAAAGCCGUUGGAUUGGCUUAUCAAAUCGGGACUGCAUUAGGAGUAGGAUCAUCAAAUUCCAGCGAGUUAAUAGAAAAUUUAAAAACAGUUGAUGGUAUUACUCUGCAAAAUGUUUCACGUAAUCUAGCUAGUGAGAUAUAUGGUCAAUACCCACUAGCUGGACUUCUGUUAGCACCAGUUAUCGAAGUUCCGCAUCCAACAGCUUUUUUGACCGUCAAGAGUGAUCAUUCAUUAUUAUCUGGAAAAUUCAUUAGGGUGCCCGUAUUAACAGGAUAUACAUCAAAUGAAUGGGCAAUUAUCGCAGGAGGAAUUCCGGAUGCGAUACCAAUAUUUAAUCAAGAUCCAACAACGCUUGUACCAGCAAGCAUUAUUUCCAACAAAAAUUUAACAGAGGCAGGACUUAAAAUCAGAAAAGAGUUUUUUGGAGAUGUACCAAAUAUUACAAUGGAUAAUUCUCUAGUACACUUUUACAAUGUUGAUCAAAUGAUUCGACCUGCCGAAAGAUUUGUCGCUGAUGUUAAAAAAUAUGUUCCUAAUACAUACUUAUACCAAUUUAGUUACAAAGGACCUAAUAUUGAAGCGGCACUUGGAUACAAUUUUAGCGGUGUUGUUCAUUCUGAAGAUCUUUUCUAUUUGUUUAAAUUUGACUACUUGCCGUAUUCUAAGAAAGAUUUGGCUGUGAGAUGCAAGAUGGUUAAAAUGUGGUCCAACUUCUGUAAAUACCGUAAACCAAUUCCUCAACCAACCUCAAGCUUGGACAAAGUUGUUUGGUUACCAGCAUCGAUAACACCACGUCCAUUAUUAUUUGAUAUUGAUUAUAAGAAUAGAUAUAUUAUAAAUCCGUAUUUAAAAAAAUUGAAGUUUUAUGACAAACAAAUAUUUGGUAAGUAUGGACAAGGAGCCUACGAUACUUAUUAAGGUAUUUAAAAAAUACAGCCAAUUUUAUAAUAUAAUAAAAAUAAAAAAUAAUAAAUACUAUAAAUCAACCUUA